AUGCCUCGGGGUCAGAAGAGUAAACGCCUCCAGGGUGCAGAUGAGACUGAGAGUCUCCGCGGUGAUCAGGCCGCUGCAGCAGCAGCAGAAGAGUGCCCCACUUCUCCUGUUUCUGGGGGUUCUCCCCCAAGCUGCCCUGCUCCUGGCCCUUUCCAGGAACCUCAGGGAGCCUCAGCCGCUGGGCCUCCUGGGGCAGGUGUCUCAUUCCCAAGAUCUGACGAAGGGGCCCAGAGCCAAGCUGAGGCGGGCCCAAGCACCUCCCUUGUAGCACCGUCCCCUGGGUCGGCUCCCCCAGAUCCUCUCACCAGGAAGGCACACAUGCUGGUGCAGUUCCUGCUGGGGAAGUAUAAAAUGGGUGAGUGCAUUACGCGGGCGGAAAUGCUAAAGGCGGUCAAAAAGAAGUACAAGGAGCAGUUCUCUGAGAUCCUCAGGAGAGCCUCUGAGCACAUGGAGCUGGUCUUUGGCCUAGAGGUGAAGGAAGUCGACCCCGGCAAUCACUUCUAUGCCCUUACCACCAUGCUGGAUCUCCCCAGUGAGGGAAGUCUGACCAGUGACAGGAGUGUGCCCAAGACUGGUCUCCUGACGAACAUCCUGGCCGUGAUCUGCUUGAAGGGGAACCGCGCCACGGAGGAGGAGGUCUGGGAAUCACUAGGCAUGUUGGGGGUCUACGCUGGGAGGAGGCAUGCCAUCUUCGGGGAGCCCAAGAGGCUCAUCAUGAAAGAUCUAGUGCAGCCCGAGUACCUGGAGUACCGCCAGGUGCCCGGCAGUGACCCUCCGCGCUACGAGUUCCUGUGGGGCCCAAGAGCCCACGCUGAGACCACCGAGAUGAAAGUGCUGGAGAUUAUGGCCAGGCUCAAAGGGAGUCCCAGCGCCUUCCCGAAGCUGUAUGAGGAGGCUUUGAGAGAUGAGGAGGAGCGAGCAGAGGUGAGAGCCGCAGCCAGGGCUGCCCGUGUUGCCAAGGCCAGUGCGCCUUCCAAGGCCACGUGGCACAGCUCCCCCCACGUGUAG